UAUUUUAUUUUGAUUUUUUCCCAGCAUGACGGACUGGGAGACGGCGCCGGCGGUGACCGAGACCCCCGACAUCAAAUUGUUCGGGAAAUGGAGCACGGACGACGUCCAGAUCAACGACAUCUCCCUGCAGGAUUAUAUUGCAGUGAAGGAGAAAUAUGCCAAAUAUCUGCCCCACUCGGCGGGGCGUUACGCGGCCAAGCGCUUCCGCAAGGCGCAGUGCCCGAUCGUCGAGCGCCUCACCAACUCCAUGAUGAUGCACGGCAGGAACAACGGCAAGAAGCUGAUGACACUGAUGGCAGUGAGGAUCGUCAAGCACGCCUUUGAGAUCAUCCAUCUGCUCACUGGGGAGAACCCCCUGCAGGUCCUGGUCAACGCCAUCAUCAACUCGGGGCCCCGCGAGGACUCGACGCGAAUCGGCCGCGCCGGCACCGUGCGCAGGCAGGCCGUGGACGUGUCCCCCCUGCGCAGGGUCAACCAGGCCAUCUGGCUGCUGUGCACGGGCGCUCGCGAGGCCGCCUUCAGGAACAUCAAAACCAUCGCCGAGUGCUUGGCGGACGAGCUCAUCAACGCUGCCAAGGGCUCCUCCAACUCUUACGCCAUCAAGAAGAAGGACGAGCUGGAGCGCGUGGCCAAAUCCAACCGCUAAAAAUCCCCAAAAAAAUCAAAAUAUUCCCAAUAAAAUCUGAGGAUUUGGAACCAGAAUUCAAAA